CUCAAGGAACUACAAUCUCCAAUUCCUUGAUCUUAGUUUAAAUUUACUCACUGGCGACAUCUCUUCCUCCAUUUGUAAUGUAAGUUCACUUAAUGUUCUCCUCUUGUCUCACAAUAAGUUGGUAGGUGUCAUUCCACCAUGCCUUGCAAACUUGUCUUCCCUUUCUAUUUUGGAUUUAAAAAGGAACAAACUAAAUGGUACAUUACCAAGUAAUUUCUCAAUGAAUAGUCCUCUCAGCGUUAUGAAUCUCAAUGACAACCAAUUAGAAGGUAUUUUGCCAAAAUCUUUGUCAAAGUGCACACAAUUAGAGAUCUUGAAUCUUGCCAACAAUCAAAUUGAGGACAAAUUUCCUGAUUGGCUUCAAACUCUACCAUUGUUGACAAUAUUGGUAUUGCAUGGCAACAAUUUCUACGGUCCCAUUCCAAGUUUAAGGAUGAAACAUGGAUUUUCAAGUUUACUUAUUUUUGAUAUCUCAUCCAACUACUUCAAUGGUUCAAUACCAAAAACCUAUAUACAAAAUUUUCAAGCCAUGAAGAAUGUUAUUCGUUACAAAGUGGGCGAGCUAUACAUUCAACCUUACAGUAACAGAUCUGUAGCUGAAUUUGCAACCAUAACAACAAAAGCUAUAACUAUGACAUUUAAAAAAAUCCCAAAAAACUUUAUGACCAUUGAUUUAUCCAGAAACAAAUUUGAAGGAGAGAUUCCAUAUGUGAUUGGAGAGCUUCAUGCUCUUAAAGGACUCAACUUUUCUCAUAAUAGACUCAGUGGUUCUAUUCCCCAAUCCAUUGGAAAUUUGACAAAUUUGGAAUCACUGGAUCUCUCCUCAAAUAUGUUCAUGGGUAGGAUACCCAUAGAAUUAACCAAUUUGAACUUUCUUGAAGUCCUGAAUCUUUCCUAUAAUCAUCUUGUUGGAGAAAUACCUCAAGAAAAACAGUUCAACACUUUUGAAAAUAACUCCUACAUUGGAAACUCAGGACUAUGUGGGUUCCCAUUGUCAAAGAACUGCAGUAGCACUGAACAAGAAUCUCCAUCUUCUCCAAACUUCUGGCGAGAAGAGGGAUUUGAAUUUGGAUGGGAAGCAGUUGUUAUAGGAUAUGGAUGUGGAAUAAUAGUUGGAAUUGGUCUUGGAAUUUUUGUANAUAGGCCCCAUUUUUGUCGACAAUGA